UAGUUUGAAAAACACUUUUGUACGUCGCGCAACAUAUAACGGAUAAGUGCAACGCCAAACAUUUGAGGAAACGCGCUCUUGGUACAGCUGGAUUUCAAAGACUGAGGAAAUUUUAGUGAACAAACUUUUUUGCUGGAUUUACCUAAAAGUUGCUGGAGUGCAGUGAAAUACGAAAAUAAAAUUUGACGAAUUUAAAGAAUACAUAUGUAUGUAGGCUUAUCGGAAAGUGAAAAAAACUGAAAUAAAUUAAAACGACAUAGAUAUGUAUAUUGUGAAAUUAGAAGGAUAACUAACAAAAUAGUGUUUUAUGGUGAUUUUUUGAACGCAAGUGAAAUUUUAAAAUUGGUUUGAUAGAAAAGACGAAGCUUUCAAUUAAGACUAGUAGUGUUGCUGUGGAUGGUGCAAUCUGAAAGGAUAAUUAAUUGAAAUCGGAAUAAAAUAACGGAAAAAUAUUUAUCAUACGAUUGAGGCGUGUAAAAACUUAAGAGACUUAAGAGACUUGUGAGACCCGCCAAAUUUUGAAUUUACUCUUCCACUCAACUUUUCAUAAACACCAAUAUAUAUUUAUAAAGAAAUCUAAAUUGAUAACAUAAGUACCGAUAAGACGAGCGUAGAGCCAAGCAUAGCAGUACAAAGCAUGGGCGAAUUGGAAGAGAAGGAGACAGGACCAUCAGAAACUACACCACAACAAGAGGUAGUCGACGAGCCCAAAGAGACUGAUAAAAUGCUCGAUAAAAAGGAAGACACCGAGGCUGUUGAACAGCAAACAGAAAAUGCGGGCGUUAAGGAUAAGAAUCCCAGUCCCAAUACGGAAAAGAAAAGGGCUGCUUCCUCGAAACCAGCCACACCAACUUCAUUAGGUGGCAAGAAAUCAUCAAUUCAGUCUGUGGAAAAACUGGCUACCAACGGUGUUGAUGAUGCACAGUCGGUGAAAGCGAAUGGGGGUAGUGGUGAGGAGAUAAUUGAUAUACCCGAAUCGACUAAAACUGAGGAGGGCGAUGAGAAGAAGAUCUCCACCGAAGAUCGUGAGGUCAAACCGAAGAAGAUACCAAUUGGUGGUUUGAAAUUGCCUGGUUUCUUUAUGAAAAACAAACCCAAAGCCGAUGGUGAUGGCGCUGAUGGCGAGCUUUUGGAGAGAGAAAAUAAGGAUGAAAUGCCUGCUGAAACGGUAAACGGCGAGAGCAAGUCGAGCAAGAAAGACGAGAAGCCGCGCAGCAGCUUUGGUGAACGCUUACGCAACUUCUUUGUACGAAAACCCACUGCCGAUAAGCAACAGAAUAAGCAAACAGCGAAUGGCGAUGCUGACGCAAAGAGUGAAGCUACCGCUGAGGCCGCAGCCGCAGAUGGCGAGACUAACAACACAACUAACGCCUCGGAUGCGCCCCCACAGAAACGCGGACUUUUGAAUGCGAUCAAAUUGCCAAUUGCAAAUAUGAUACCAAGAAAGAAGACAGAUGACGAUGUCGAACUGGGCAUGGGCAAGGCUGGAUUGGCCUCGAUGGAAACACUCGAUGACUCGCUGAAAGAUCAGGACUGCGUUGAUAAAGCACCCGCUAGAAACAAUGGCACCGAGGAUCCUGCAAAGCUGAAGAAAGCAACAAGCAGUGAAAUCAAACAAGAAUCGCCUGAAGAUAAAGCCACCGAAGAACCCGAAGCGCCUAUGUCUUUCGCCGAUCGCUUGCGGUCGUACCGUUGCUCAGUGGAUGACGGUCUUAUCGUGCUUGGCAUUUUGCUAUUCCUUGCGCUCAUCGCUGUUAUUGGCUAUGUGCUUUCUUUGGAAACGCUCACUUCACCGCCGGUGCGUGAGGGCCGCUUUAUCGAUGCCGUUACCGGCUGCGGCAUGGUUGAGGGACUGCAGGAGGAUGGCGCUUUUGCUUUCCGCGGCAUACCGUAUGCGCUCCCACCUCUCGGUGAUCAACGCUGGCGUCCAGCACAACCGAUCGGCGGCAUUGACGAUUGUUGGAACGGCACCUUGAAGGCACACAAUGUCAGCAACUACUGUACACAGCGCUUGGGUAAUGGCACCAUUGUUGGCGAUGAAGACUGCUUGUAUUUGGAUAUUGUAACACCACACGUGCGUUACAACAGCCCUGUGCCGGUAAUUGUGCUGAUUGGUGCCGAAACUUUAACGGGCCCGUCGCCGGGCGUACUACGUCCCUCGGCAAGGUAUUCGCGUUCACAUGACGUUAUCUUUGUGCGUCCUAACUUCCGUUUAGGUGCGUUUGGUUUUCUUGCCUUGGAGGCGCUCACUAAAGACGCUUAUCCACGCACUUCGGGCAACUAUGCACUCUCUGACAUCAUUGCCGCUCUGAAAUGGAUACAAUUGAACAUCGCACAUUUCGGCGGCGAUCCUAAAUCGGUAACUUUGCUUGGUCAUCGUGCUGGUGGUACACUCGUUUCGGCGCUUGUGACUUCAAACAAGGUGGAAGGUCUUUAUAAAAAUGCUUGGGUUUCGUCUUCGUCGGCCAUAUUCCCGGGCAAACCUUUGGAAGAGUCGGAGAAACGCAAUGCACAAUUUAUGACGGCUUUGGACUGCAGUAGCAUCUCGUGCUUACGCAACGCUGCGACUGAACAAAUUUGGGCUGCGACACCCGAUACCUGGCUUCACUUCCCCGUAGACAUGCCGACCACCGAUGAGAACCCGAGCACGCGGCAUGAAUGGCUCGUAUUAGAUGGCAACAUAUUGCAACGUCACCCCGCAGACGCAUGGAAAGAAGAACACACCGGCAAACCGAAACUUGUCAUGGGAACAACAGCACAUGAGGCACACACUGAACAGCUUCGUCAACGACACGCCAACUGGACUAGUGAAGAGAUACGAGCAUUUAUUGCAACUUCGAAAAUUGGCGCACUCAAUCUAACCGACGAAGCUAUCCGACUCUACAAUGCGACAAAUUAUCGCAGUCUAGUCGCCAUGAUCACCGACAUCCGCACCAUCUGCCCACUUUUGACCAAUGCGCGCCUGCAGCCAACAGUACCAUUCUAUGUAGUGCAACAAGGAGAGGGCGAAAAUCAACUAGCUACUGUUGAUACAGACGUGCUUGCCAUACUGGGCCGGUACGAACCACACACAGCCGAGCAGCGACGAUUUAUGUCGUCUAUGCAACAACUCUUCUACUACUACAUCUCACACGGCACUGUGCCACAGUACGAUCCCAGCCGAAGAGUGCUGAGCAUUGCGCAAGAUCCCCUGCCGCAGUCAGAUCAUCCGAACUGCAAUUUUUGGAUAAGCCAUGACAUUGUGCCGCGUUACGCUCGCGUCGAUUAAAGUGCUUGUGUGCUGGAGAUGUAAGGGUGUAGUAGCAAGCAAUUGAUGGUGCGCUCGAGGGUUAGGUGACACAAAAACAUUACCGAGAAUAAAUAUGUAUGUAUGUCGAUGUUAAGUAAGGCGAAGAGGAGAAUGCGAGUGGCUGUGGAUGUAGAGCGAAAAGCAGACUGACACUUUCAUAGAGUGCGUAAUUGGAGAGGCAACGGGAUUGCGCAACGAGAUUCAAUAUAUGUAUAUACUUACACACAUAUAUAUGUAUAUGAAUGCAUUUAUACAAAUUGGAAGAGUUGACUGACGCUCCCAACCGCUCCCAAAAGAGCAGUCGCAAAAUCCAAAUAACAUUAGAAGAAAGUAAAAAAA